AUGACUUGCAACCACAAGUGGAGAUCAUACAAGAAGAGGCUUAAAAAUAAUUUAUUGACCAAUGAGAAUGAGAGAAAUCCACUUGAAACCUACUUAUAUUUGGAGAAGACUGCAUUGCAAAAAUUUAAGGAAAGGAUAUCAUCAAAGGAAUUCCAGGAUAUAAGUGAGAAAGCAAAGAUGAGUUCAAUGUGUAAUACGAAUCCAGCCCGAGUAGGCCCACAUGGUUAUCGGGGCAACAAACCUAAGUGGGAACAAGAGAAGGCAUCGGGUGAGCUACCGCCACAGUUGUAUGAGAUAAAAAGCGAGCGUUCAUUAGAUUAUGUGUUGGGGAGAAGAUCUAAAAAUGAGUUAGGGUCAAAAAUAAUACCACCUAACAUGGAACCCAUAGUAAAAAAGCUUAUACAUGUUCAAAAAGAAAUAUCCAACAGUGAUUUGUUGCCGGGUCCCGGAGAGGAUUUCUUGACUUUGGCAAUAGGACUGGAGCACCCCGGUCGCACUAGGGCGGUGGGGCAUGAUAUUGGCUUAAGAAAGGGGAUGCAAGGACUUGAAAAAAAAGAGGAAAGCCGUGGACAAAGAAGUUGUUAGAACAACAAAGCAAGGCGCCAUCACAACAACAAAUUCAGACCACAAGUGCGCGACCAUCAACCACAAAGGCUGUUAUGGAAAAAAAACAUGCCUAACCAAAAGAUCAACAAACCAAGGCCAAUAGAAUCACUUCGUGACCUUUUGAAGACCAACCUAGUGGUUCAUGUGGUAGCCGAUGCUGGACAUCUCGAAUCUGGGGCGUUUGAUUUUUCAGUUACAUAUGAAGAAUAUUAUCGUUUGUUGAAAAAACAAACAGCUAAUUUGUCCAUCAUAACAACUUGGCAGAUCCUUCUACACUUAAUGCUUCGGAAACGUAUGGGAAAGUGUGCUUUCCUAAACCCAUAUAAGAUUCUUGGGAAAGCCUGUCAAGAAACUCCGAUUGAUGUCGUCAAUUAUCUCGUUGAUGCGAUGCAACUUCAUCAUGGAAAAUUGUUUCUUAUCGCACCAUACCUGCAAAAUUAUACAGAUGUAUCAUUUUCCCUUCAAACUUUGGUUUUCUAUAACUAG